UUCAACAGAAGAGGUUGAGGUGGCGUUGUCGGUCCUCCCUUUUUAUUAGGGAGCUAGUGCGUUCAAAGUAGAACUGGGGGGGAAUAAAAAUUGCUAUAGCGGGGAGGAAAAGGACAUUGUCUGGAUUCCGUCGAAUUUGUUCCCAAAGAAGUUUCUCCCGGUUGCAGAGGUGCUUUUAUUUUCUCAGCGAGAGGUAAAGUUGGCCACUUUCUGAAGUUCUGAUGGCUCAGCGGAGUACCCAAGAAGAUCCAGAGAGGUAUCUGUUUGUGGAUAGGGCGCUGGUUUACAACCCUGCAACUCAAGCUGACUGGACAGCAAAGAAGCUGGUUUGGGUGCCAUCAGAUCGCCAUGGGUUUGAGGCAGCUAGCAUCAGAGAGGAGCGAGGUGAUGAGGUCAUGGUGGAACUGAUGGAAAAUGGCAAGAAGGCUCUUGUCAACAAGGAUGAUAUUCAGAAGAUGAAUCCACCAAAGUUCUCAAAGGUGGAAGACAUGGCUGAGUUAACAUGCUUGAAUGAAGCUUCAGUCUUGCACAAUUUGAAGGAUCGAUACUACUCUGGAUUGAUCUAUACCUAUUCUGGACUCUUCUGUGUGGUCAUAAAUCCAUACAAGAAUCUACCCAUUUAUGCUGAACAAAUUAUCGAAAUGUACAGGGGGAAAAAGCGACAUGAGAUGCCACCCCACAUCUAUGCCAUCUCUGAAAGUGCCUACAGAAGCAUGUUGCAAGACCGUGAAGAUCAAUCUAUUCUUUGCACAGGAGAAUCUGGUGCUGGCAAAACAGAAAACACUAAGAAAGUUAUACAAUAUCUGGCCCAUGUCGCUUCUUCCCACAAAGGGCGAAAGGACCAUAAUAUUCCACCCAUUUCGCCUAAACCAGUGAAACAUCAGAGUGGAACAUCACUGUUAUAUGGAGAAUUGGAACGGCAACUUCUGCAAGCAAACCCUAUAUUAGAAUCAUUUGGCAAUGCCAAAACUGUGAAAAAUGACAAUUCUUCACGCUUUGGCAAGUUUAUCCGAAUCAACUUUGAUGUGACCGGUUACAUUGUGGGAGCCAACAUUGAGACCUAUCUUCUGGAAAAAUCUCGAGCAAUCCGCCAGGCCAAGGAAGAAAGAACGUUCCAUAUUUUCUAUCAGCUGCUUUGUGGUGCAGGAGAACAUCUCAAAUCUGAUUUGUUGCUUGAAGGAUUUAAUAGUUACCGUUUCCUAUCCAAUGGUUAUGUCCCUAUCCCUGGACAGCAGGAAAAAGAUAACUUCCAAGAAACCAUGGAAGCAAUGCACAUCAUGGGUUUUUCACAUGAGGAAAUUUUGUCAAUGUUGAAAGUAGCUUCAUCAGUACUGCAGUUUGGUAACAUAGUCUUCAAGAAGGAAAGGAAUACAGACCAAGCAUCUAUGCCAGACAACACUGCUGCUCAGAAACUCUGUCACCUACUGGGAAUGAAUGUGAUGGAAUUUACUCGUGCUAUUCUCACACCACGUAUCAAAGUCGGUCGAGACUAUGUUCAGAAGGCACAGACCAAAGAGCAGGCUGACUUUGCAAUUGAAGCUUUGGCAAAAGCUACGUAUGAACGUCUCUUUCGUUGGCUUGUUCACCGCAUUAACAAAGCUUUGGAUAGGACAAAACGGCAGGGAGCUUCUUUCAUCGGCAUUCUGGAUAUUGCUGGCUUUGAAAUCUUUGAAUUAAAUUCUUUUGAGCAACUCUGCAUCAACUACACCAAUGAAAAGUUGCAGCAACUGUUUAACCACACCAUGUUUAUCCUGGAGCAAGAGGAAUAUCAGCGAGAAGGCAUUGAGUGGAAUUUCAUUGACUUUGGCCUGGAUCUGCAGCCAUGCAUUGACCUCAUAGAGAGACCUGCAAAUCCUCCUGGUGUGCUGGCUUUGUUGGAUGAGGAAUGUUGGUUUCCUAAGGCUACGGAUAAGACAUUUGUGGAGAAGCUGAGCCAAGAGCAGGGUACACACUCAAAAUUCCAAAAGCCAAGGCAGCUCAAAGAUAAGGCCGACUUCUGCAUUAUUCACUACGCGGGCAAGGUGGAUUACAAGGCAGAUGAAUGGCUUCUGAAAAACAUGGACCCACUCAAUGACAAUGUUGCCACACUCCUGCAUCAAUCAAUGGACAAGUUUGUGGCAGAGUUAUGGAAAGAUGUUGAUCGUAUUGUGGGAUUGGACCAAGUUGCUGGAAUGAACGAAACUGCUUUUGGCUCCUCUUACAAAACAAAAAAGGGCAUGUUCCGCACAGUGGGGCAACUGUAUAAAGAGUCCUUGGCAAAAUUAAUGGCAACCCUACGUAAUACCAACCCAAACUUUGUUCGAUGCAUCAUUCCAAACCACGAAAAAAGGGCUGGAAAACUGGAUCCUCACUUGGUUCUUGACCAGCUGCGCUGCAACGGAGUAUUGGAGGGUAUUCGAAUUUGUCGUCAAGGUUUUCCUAAUAGGAUUGUCUUCCAGGAGUUCAGACAGAGGUACGAGAUUCUGACCCCUAAUUCAAUCCCUAAAGGUUUCAUGGAUGGGAAACAAGCCUGUGAACGAAUGAUUCAUGCCUUGGAAUUGGAUCCUAACUUAUUCCGCAUCGGCCAGAGUAAGAUUUUCUUCCGCGCUGGGGUUCUAGCACAUUUGGAGGAGGAACGGGAUCUGAAGAUCACUGAUAUAAUUAUCCUGUUCCAAGCUAUCUGCCGUGGAUACCUGGCAAGGAAAGCAUUUUCGAGGAAACAGCAGCAGCUGAGUGCACUGAAGGUUCUGCAGAGGAAUUGUGCUGCUUACCUGAAGCUCAGACACUGGCAAUGGUGGCGGCUUUUCACCAAGGUUAAACCACUGUUGCAAGUUACUCGCCAAGAGGAGGAAUUGCUAUCCAAAGAGGAUGAGUUGACAAAAGUGAAAGAGAAACAUGUGAAGGUGGAAGCAGACCUAACUGCUAUGGCAAGAAAGCAUCAGCAGCUAAUGGAAGAGAAGAAUAUCCUGGCAGAGCAGCUGCAAGCUGAGACAGAACUAUUUGCAGAAGCUGAGGAAAUGCGAGCACGUCUGGCAAAUAAAAAGCAAGAACUUGAAGAAAUCUUGCAUGAUUUGGAAGCGAGAGUGGAGGAAGAGGAGGAAAGAAACCAGCAGAUGCAGAAUGAAAAAAAGAAAAUGCAACAACAUGUUCAGGAUCUGGAAGAGCAACUUGAUGAAGAAGAAGGAGCCCGGCAGAAACUUCAGCUUGAGAAAGUAACAGCAGAAGCUAAAAUUAAGAAAAUGGAGGAGGAUGUCUUGUUGCUGGAAGAUCAGAAUUCAAAGUUUGCCAAAGAGAAAAAACUGCUUGAAGACCGGAUUUCUGAGUUUACCUCUCAACUGGCAGAGGAGGAGGAAAAGGCAAAGAAUUUGAGUAAAGUGAAGAACAAGCAGGAAAUGAUGAUUACAGACUUAGAAGAGCGUUUGAAGAAGGAGGAGAAGACCCGGCAAGAGCUGGAGAAAUCCAAGAGGAAAUUAGAUGGUGAAACUACAGAUCUCCAAGAUCAAAUUGCUGAGCUACAGCAACAGAUAGAGGAGCUAAAGAUUCAGCUUGCAAAGAAAGAGGAGGAACUACAGGCUGCUCUUGCUAGAGGAGAUGAAGAAAGUGCUCAGAAGAAUAACGCUCUCAAGCUAAUCCGGGAACUACAGGUCCAGAUUUCAGAGUUGCAGGAGGAUCUGGAGUCUGAGAAGGGUGCCAGAAAUAAAGCUGACAAGCAGAAGAGAGACUUGAGUGAGGAGCUGGAGGCUUUGAAGACUGAACUGGAGGAUACAUUGGAUACCACAGCAGCCCAACAAGAACUAAGGAACAAACGUGAACAGGAGGUAGCUGAGCUAAAGAAGGCAAUUGAAGAGGAGACCAAAGCCCAUGAAGUUCAAAUCCAGGACAUCCGCCAGAGACACAGCACUGCCCUUGAGGAGGUCUCCGAACAGCUUGAACAAGCCAAGAGACACAAAGCCAAUUUAGAAAAGAGCAAACAGAGCUUGGAAAAUGAUAACAAAGAGUUGGCCUGUGAAGUGAAGAGUUUGCAACACACAAAGGCUGAAUCUGAACAUAAAAGGAAGAAGCUUGAAGCUCACCUGCAGGAAUUUCAGGUCAAAUUUGCAGAAAGUGAAAAGGCAAGGUCUGAACUUGCUGAUAAAACACACAAGCUUCAGAAUGAAUUGGACAAUGUCUCUGGACUUCUUGAAGAAGCUGAGAAAAAAGCAAUUAAGCUGACCAAAGAUACUACCAGUUUGGAAUCUUCACUCCAGGAUACACAGGAAUUACUUCAGGAGGAGACACGGCAGAAAUUGAAUCUCAGCAGUCGCAUACGACAGCUGGAAGAAGAGAAGAACAAUCUCCAAGAACAACAGGAAGAGGAGGAAGAAGCAAAGAAGAAUCUUGAAAAGCAGCUAGCUGCUCUGCAAAUGCAGCUGGUUGAUGCAAAGAAGAAGGUGGAUGAGGAUGUGGGGAUCAUCGAUGGCCUGGAGGAGGCUAAAAGAAAACUUCAAAAGGAUAUGGAAGCCCUCAACCAGCGCUUUGAGGAGAAAUCAGUGGCUUAUGAUAAAAUGGAGAAGACCAAGAACCGCCUUCAACAGGAACUGGAUGAUCUGUUGGUAGAUCUGGACCAUCAACGGCAAAUAGUUUCCAACCUUGAGAAGAAGCAGAAGAAAUUUGAUCAGAUGCUGGCUGAGGAAAAGAGCAUUUCUGCCCGCUUUGCUGAGGAAAGGGACAGAGCUGAGGCUGAAGCCAGAGAAAAGGAGACAAAGACUCUAUCAUUAACACGAUCUCUAGAUGAAGCUCUUGAAGCUAAAGAAGAAUUGGAAAGACAAAACAAGCAACUCCGUGCUGAAAUGGAGGACCUAAUGAGCUCCAAAGAUGAUGUAGGCAAGAAUGUGCACGAACUGGAAAAAUCUAAACGAGCCCUUGAGCAGCAAGUGGAAGAGAUGAGGACUCAGCUUGAAGAACUGGAGGAUGAGCUGCAGGCCACUGAAGAUGCCAAGCUGCGUUUGGAGGUUAAUAUGCAGGCCAUGAAGGCCCAGUUUGAGAGAGACCUGCAGGCCAGGGAUGAGCAGAAUGAAGAAAAGAAGAGAAUGUUGGUUAAACAGGUUCGUGAACUAGAAGCUGAGCUAGAAGAUGAAAGGAAGCAGCGAGCACAGGCAGUUGCUGGGAGGAAGAAACUGGAGAUGGAUCUGAAAGAUCUGGAGGCACAGAUUGAAGCAGCUAACAAGAACCGGGAUGAGGCAAUCAAACAACUCCGCAGACUUCAGGCGCAGAUGAAAGAUUACCAGCGAGAGCUGGAAGAGGCUCGUGUUUCCAGAGAUGAGAUCUUUGCUCAGUCAAAAGAAAAUGAAAAGAAGCUGAAAGGUCUGGAGGCAGAAAUUCUACAACUCCACGAGGAACUGGCUGCGUCGGAGCGGGCCCGUCGCCAUGCAGAACAGGAACGUGAUGAGCUGGCAGAUGAAAUUGCAAACAGCACAUCUGGAAAAUCUGCAUUAUUGGAUGAGAAACGUCGCCUAGAAGCUCGUAUUGCCCAGCUAGAAGAAGAACUUGAAGAGGAACAGAGCAACAUGGAGCUCCUGAAUGAUCGUUUCCGUAAAACUACAAUGCAGGUUGAAACUCUGAACUCUGAGCUUGCUAGCGAACGCAGUGCUGGACAGAAGAGUGAAAAUGCACGGCAACAACUUGAACGACAAAAUAAAGAACUCAAAGCCAAGCUCCAAGAACUGGAGGGAUCAGUCAAGUCAAAAUUCAAGUCAACAAUUUCUGCACUGGAGGCCAAGAUAGCGCAGUUGGAGGAACAACUUGAACAGGAAGCCAAAGAACGGGCAGCAGCCAACAAGCUUGUUCGCCGGACCGAAAAGAAGCUGAAGGAAGUCUACAUGCAGGUCGAAGAUGAACGCAGGCAUGCAGAUCAAUAUAAGGAGCAGGUAGAGAAAUCCAACUCUCGCAUGAAACAACUGAAGCGACAGUUGGAGGAGGCUGAAGAAGAGGCGACACGUGCUAAUGCAGCACGUCGGAAACUCCAGCGUGAACUGGACGAUACCACCGAGACUGCUGAGGCGAUGAAUCGGGAGGUCAACACUCUGAAGAGCAGGCUUCGGAGAGGAGGAAGUGGUCUGACAUUUACAACUAGUCGAGCAGGAAGGCGGGCACUGCAACUGGAGGGCACUGCCCUUGAACUCUCGGAUGAUGAUGUUGAUAGUAAAGGGGGUGAUAUCAAUGAAACACAAACAAGCCAGGGAGAGUAGAGCCAUUGUGCAGUCAGUACAGAAUGCCCUUCUCUGAUUUCAGAGAGCCUCUGAACAUAAGAAUGAUUUCUCAAUUGCUGACUUCUGAUUCUCUCUACUCCCAUUUUAUUUUUUUUUAAACUGGCAAGCUAGAAAUCGUAUAAAUCUUUGCUCUCUUUGGUCUUAAUUUUUUUUUUUGUCUCGACAUAUUGCACCAUGCACAUUGUAUUCACACAAUUGCUUUCCUAAAUUGUCUUUUGAUAAUCAAGUACUAAUUUGAGCACAUGUUGACUGUUGAGACAACACCUGAAUUAUGUUUUCUUUGGAAACUUAACUAAAUUCCAGACAUAAUUAAGAUAGGAUUGAGAGGAUUCUUGUAUAUUACUAUGCAUGCUACAUGUACAAAUAAACAUGUAUUUCCAUAUAAUUUUGUGGGUAAUUAAUCAAUUUAUUAGUCUGCAGCUGACUGCUGUAUUAAGACCAAACUGUGACCAUUGCUGGAUCUGUGUAAGCAAAUUUUAUAAUGAGGAAAAAAAGUCUGAAGAUUGCGGUAUCUGGUUAGUUUGACUAAUUAAAUGUGAGGAUUGACUCAGACUGUGUUAGUGCCAACAUAUUUUGAGUAAUCGGUGAUUACAGAUCAUGUAUAGGAUAGCAAAUAACCCAAAUUUAGCUACACAAGUACCCUUGAAGUCAGUCAUAAUGUAAUUUCAUUCACUUAUUUUUGCAAUAAAGAUUUCUAAUAUGCAUUCACUCAUGCUGCCCAGUAAACUUGUUAGGAACUUAAUCUUUUUUCAAAUUACUAGAGGUGACUUAAAGGUAGUAAGGGCCAUUGGUGUUCAGAUAAUUUGCACAAAUCAUUUUGAAGUAAGUACAACUUUUAAGUGUUCAAUAGCUAUACUGGAAAUCAAAAUGUUGUACUUAAUGUGUUUAUGGUGUUUGAACUAUUUGUCUCAUUUUCUCAUGUAGCUGCUUAUAUUUCUGUACACAGUGGACGUCAGUAUUUCAGAAGCUUGUUCUGACAAUAUUAAAUUCCUUGGUAUCAAUUUUCCACUUCUUAAAAAAAAAUGUGGAUGAAAACUGGCUUUUACAGGAUGGACCCAGGAAGGUUGCUGGCCUUUUUUUGUAUUGUCCCACUGAGCACGAAUGAACAGCGUUUAGCAAUGUUCUUGUUAGCCACAACCUGAUCCUACAUUCCAAAUUUUCUCACCCUUCCAAACUGUUUUCACCUCCAGUGUUUUCUGGUGUGGGGUGAUAUAUACCUGGUCUUUGGAAAUUUAUAAAAUAAAUAUUUGAAACAGUCCCCAUAAGCUACCAGAUGCUGUGUUUCAAAAGCAUACUAAUAGAUUCCUAUCAAUUUUUGUUUGAUCCAGAUUUACAUCUGGAGUCCUAUAAAGAGGUUUCAGAAAGUGCCUUAGACAUGGCUUAUAAUUUGAUUACAAGAGCAAGUAUCACAGUUGAAACCAUAUAGUACAUUAUGCUGAGUUUAUAACCAUUAAAAUGGUUUUAUAUUUUACAUGCAGCUGUGCUUUAUGCCUUGUGCAGCCCUUGUGAUCAGACGAUGAUAGAGGGUUUAACUCAGUGUUAUUGAAUAUGUACCUUGAGCCUUCUGUACCAAGCAGGAAUUUCUCAAUUUCUUCUGGUUUAAAGCUUUAACAUCAGUUUGAAGUAUUUUUACUGUACUGGCUGUUGACCACCAGGCGCUGUUGUUCUCAUACCUUUGUAUACCUGUGUUUCUAGACAGUUAUACCAUUCAAUAAAUUCCUUUGGAAACAAUUUUUUAAAAAAAAUAAACUUAUUAAAUGCA